AUGUAUGAAUCCAAGACACUGCAGAGCUGGAGAGCAGACGUUCUGACAGCGACGUCGUGGUUGGCACCCAUCAUCUGGGAGUGCACCUUCAAUUUAGACAUCAUUGACAACAUUCACCAGCGCUGGGGAGCUGAGGCGCUCAGCCAGCUUGUCGCUGCAGUUCACCUAUCUUACUACUAUGAGAGGCGGGACAAAUUCCUCUACGAACGCAGACCUGCCUCAUUAUCCUUUGUGCCCCUGAAUGAGGGGGACUUCUACUAUGACGGAGCAGUGUUUGGAGGGACUGUGGAGGAGGUCCACAAGCUGACUAGGACAUGCCAGGAGCAUCUGGACAGAGACAGGGUUAAUGGCAUAGAGGCAGCGUGGCAAGAGGAGAACCAUCUCAACCGCUACCGUAUCUACAACAAACCCACCCGGCUGCUCUCCCGAGUACAUAUAUGGGACUACAGAAGGAGUCAUGAUGCACCUGAGAUCAAGGUCAUAAGGCUGGCCUCUGUCAUUAAGAAUAACGUAGAAAUACGACAAUGUAAAAAUGUAGAGGGUCAAUAA